CCGUUCCAGGGGAGUCUACCUCUACACCUGCGCUUCUCUCUGUACAAACUAUCAGGGUGUCACUAGAGCAUACAAGUCGCUUUCCCCCUCUCCAGUCUCCUCACACAGAGUCGGAUUCUAGGAUGUCUUCUGGGGACCACCAGGCCCAUGCCCCGUUGCUCACCGACUCCCGCGAGGAGCAGGAGCGCAAUGAGUACGAAGAAGACGUACUGAACGAACGGGUUGCGGAGGAGCUGCUACAUGCGGAGUAUGACAGGCCGACCCCGGCAAGAGCGUACUUCAUUCGUUCACUUGCUCUGCUGUGUGCAUGCUCGCUCAGCAUAGGCAGUCAUUAUGCAACUUAUAUACUCGGCCCACUCAAGUCCCGUCUAGCUCGGGAAAUGGGUACGAACAACACCGAGUUCUCCCUCCUGAUUUCCGCCUUCUCGCUCAAUAGCACUUGGACACCGCUCGUCGGCGGAUUGCUUGCAAGCCGACUGGGAACCACUACUACUAGCAUCCUUGCGACCGGCGUCAUAUUUCUCGGACAAGCAUGUCUCCUCAUUGGCAACUUGUCCGACAGCGUGCGCAUGAUGGCCUUCGGGAUGUUCGUAUUUGGCCUUGGCGUUAGUCCCCUAGCGGUGGUCCAGGAAACGAUCAUCGUGCGCUUCUUCAAGUCCCAUGGUCUCGGAGUCUCCCUCGCCCUCGGGCUCGUCGCCGGGAAGGGCGCAUCCUUCAUCUCCGCGCUCACAUCAUACCCGCUCUCGCAGCGUUUCGGUCCGCACGCGCCAUUCUAUGCUUCUACGCUGUUGACGGCGUUCUCCUUCACGAUCAACUUGGUCUACGUCUUCUCGUCGAAGUGGCUCGUUCGCGGGUCGGGGACGGAAUUGGAGGCGUCCGAAAUCCAUGCCGAGGCCCACUCUCGCGCUGCGUCUGCCGCAGAUAUGACCGAAGCCGAGGCCUUGAAGGAGGUUGCCAAGAAGCGUAUGGUAAAUCUGAGAGAUAUUACCAAACUCGGAGACGUGUUUUGGGCUUACAUAGGACUCAAUGUCCUAUGUGGUGCCGUCUGGGCGCCCUUUACCCAUCUUGUUGCCAACAUACUGCAGCGCCGCUUCGACCUUGACGAGUCCGACGCCAGUACCAAGGGCUCUUACGUCCUGGCCGGCAGUGUUUUCUUGUACCCCAUCAUUGGGCUCGUCGUCGAUAGAGUUAAGAGGCGAAACAUCGUCAUGAAACUAUUCCUAUUGUCUGCUACUCUGACCCUGGGGUGCUACAUAUGGCUGGCAUUGCCACCUCAGUUUACGAAGACACCCAUCCCAGCUAUCAUUUCCUUCGCAACAGGACACGGAUUCUCACCUCUACUAUUAGUGGUCAUCGUCCCGCGCAUCGUGCCCUUGAAGUACGUCUCGACCACUCUGGGUGCGCAUAAAGCGCUCGAGCAAACAGGCUCUACCAUCUUCCAGACUCUAGCGGGGCUCGCUUUGGACAUCAAGUCCAAAAAGUCCGCAGAGAGCCUGUCUCCGAUAGACGGCGACGACGGCGACGUCCAGUUGCUCCUCAACGCAUUCGUCAUCCUCAACGUCUUCGAGAUCAUCGGCAUCAUCGGCCUCUCACACUUGCACAAGAAGCAGCAAGCAGUCGCAGCGCGCCGCAUGAGCGCCCUGCUCCCCACCGUCGUCGACGGUGACGAAAGCGACGAGGAACCCUCAGAGGAGCCUCGGGCGGGCAAGAGGUCUGGAGCAGACGAUGAGAACUGGCGGGCAGAGUCGCCCGAAGGGAGACGCCAUCGACGGAGCAGCACGCUUAAUCGACACCUCCCGCUUCCCUCAUCCUCGACCCCGGAGCAGAGCAUCCCGCUCUUGCACGGUGGCUCGCGAUCGUCGACUGUGCGCGGGAGUCGAUACCUCGUCGAUGCGGUUGUCGAGGAGGAGCCUUCUGGUCCGCCGGUGCACGUGCAAGUAAUGCGCACAAAGGCAGAGGUUUGGAGGGGGGAGUUGUUCUCCGUGAUGUGCGGCGUGCUAAUUGCCUUUGCUUGGGUGCUCUUCAUGGUCACGGCGUGGCUGAAGCUGCGCUCGAGAGAGGAGAGAGGUGGAGGAGGAAGCGGUAACGUUACCGCCCUUGCGUCGCACUCGUGAUAUCUGUGGACUCCAAUACCUUUACUAUUUAACUCGAUGUAUGCGUAGUAACAUUAUUGCCGUGCAACAUACUACAUAAUGUACAACGAACG